UCUUGAUAUUUACAUUUUUUAGUUAUUUUGUAAUGUUUCCUUAGUAAGGCACCUGGUACAAACUCUAUUAAAGAGUUCCGUGAAGCUGGCCCCCUGAAUUUAGAAAAAUGCAUUGGAAUAGCUAUUAACGUUGAGCAUAAAGUUACUGUACUGCAUCCAUGACGGUUUUUUCUACUUGCCUCCCAUGCGUUCAUACCAACCAAAUAACACUCUGAUUAUUUUUUUUCAGAAGUGCGUUUAAUGUGAAGUACAGUAUUGCUAAUAUGUAACUGAAUCUUCUCCCCUUUAGAUAAACGUCAUAUAAGAUGAGCCGUGUGCUUAAAUUAAAUAUCCACAAAGCGUCGCUGUCCACUAAGAAAGUGAUAUUUAUUUGCUGUUGGGCUCCACCUUGUUACGAUACUGGGCACCCGUUUCUGAUGCUUUGUUCGUUCUUGAAUUCAGUGACUGGAUUCCGACGCUUUUCGCUGAUCGCAGAGCCUUUAGGGAUAUGAAAAUCAUUCAAUAAUAUGUUUCUCCAGACCUCCAGAAAAUGGCCGAAAUCGUGGACUUGAUUCUACUCCUUGGCAUGCUGCUGCUUGGCAUUUUGGAUCUGGCUUCAGGACAAAUCGUUUAUUCUGUGUCUGAGGAGGUAAACAAGGGUACGUUUGUCGGGAAUAUAGCGAAGGAUCUCAGUAUUCAGGCUCAGGAACUCGAAUCCCGUAUGUUUCAGAUGUUAUCCGGAUCAAAUAUGAAGUAUUUUGAUGUCGAUUUAAAGACUGGCGUCCUCUUUGUGAAUGAAAGAAUUGAUCGAGAAGAUCUGUGUCCGAACACGCUAAAGUGUUCAAUAAAUGUAGAAGCUGUUGUCAGUCAUCCGUUAAAUUUGUAUAGAAUUGAAGUGAAUGUUUUGGAUAUUAAUGAUAAUUCCCCUACUUUUAAUUUAAAAUCACGAUAUUUGAAUAUAUCAGAGUGGGCAUUUGUUGGAGAAAGAUUCCCUUUACCGAAGGCAUAUGAUCCCGAUGUGGGCAGUAACUCUAUAAAGAGCUACAAACUGAGCCCAAAUGAACAUUUCUCCCUAGAUGUACACAGCGAUGGAGAGCAGAGUGUAUCAGCAGAGUUGGUGCUGCAGAAAGCGUUAGACCGAGAGAAACAAUCUGUGAUCGAACUCCUUUUGACUGCGGUUGAUGGAGGAAAACCUUCCAGAUCCGGAACUUUGCAGCUUGUUGUUAAUGUUAUAGAUGUGAACGAUAACAGCCCGACAUUCAGUAAACCGCUUUAUAAAAUACAUGUUUUCGAAAAUGUUUCACGUGGAACAUCCCUAGUUACGCUAAACGCAACUGACCUGGACGAAGGUGUGAAUAGUGAAAUUGUUUAUUCUUUCAUUUAUCAAGAGGAUGCAGAAAAUAUCGAUAUGUUUAGUAUUGAUCCCCUCACUGGGGAAAUCACUGUUAAUGGUAAUAUUGACUUCGAAGCAAACGGUAGAUAUGAAAUCCAUAUUCAGGCGAAGGACAAGGGACCCAAUGCACGAGCUGGACAUUGCAAAUUGUUGGUUGAAGUUUUGGAUGUGAAUGACAAUGUCCCGGAGAUAUCCAUAACUUCCUUAGUUGACAAUGUAAAGGAAGAUUCUGCAGUGGGCACAGCUGUUGCUUUGAUUACAGUUUUCGAUAAUGAUGCUGGAAAAAAUGGAAAAGUAAACUGCGCCAUUCCGAGCCAAAUUCCUUUUAAAAUGCAGCCGUCCUAUAAAAACUACUAUUCAUUAGUGGUUAGCGGGCCGCUGGACAGAGAGAGCACUUCUCAGUACAGCGUCACUAUUACAGCUACUGAUGAGGGAACCCCUCCUCUGACCAGCACCAGCGUCAUAACCGUUCAUGUUUCUGAUGUGAACGACAACGCGCCGCGAUUCCCAGAACCGGUCAUUAAUGUGUAUGUGAAGGAGAACAGUCAAAUAGGGACCGUUAUAUGUACUGUGUCUGCGACUGAUCCAGACGAAAACGAAAACGCCCGUGUGUCAUAUACCUUGGUGGACAGCGGUUCCCUCAAUGUGCCUUUUUCGACUUUAAUUAACGUGAACUCUGCUAGCGGGGAAAUACACAGCAUGCGGUCUUUUGAUUAUGAGGAAAUAAAAACCAUCCAGUUUCAAGUUCAGGCCACGGACUCUGGAGUUCCUCCACUGAGCAGCAACGUGACUGUGAACGUUUUUAUCCUGGAUGAGAAUGACAACAGUCCUGGGAUUCUGCCUCCCUAUUCUGACCAGGGCUCCGUCAGUAGCGAGAACAUUCCCUACUCUGCCGAAGCGGGAUACUUUGUGGCCAAGAUCAGGGCUGUAGACGCCGACUCUGGAUAUAAUGCUCUACUGUCUUAUCACAUCGCCGAGCCCAAGGGAAGCAACCUGUUCAGAAUCGGAACGAGCAACGGGGAGAUACGGACUAAGAGACGAAUGAGUGACAAUGACUUGAAAACUCACCCGCUGCUCAUCCUGGUUUCUGAUAACGGAGAACCUUCACUGUCAGCGACCGUGUCAAUAGACGUUGUGGUUGUGGAAAGUAAGAGUGAAAUGCAGACUCCGUUCAGACCAGUGCCGAGCAAAGAGGAGAGCUUUUCCGAUUUAAACUUGUAUUUGCUCAUCGCCAUCGUGUCGGUGUCGCUCAUAUUUUUACUGGGUCUCAUCACUUUGGUGGCAGUAAAGUGCCACAGGACAGACGGCAGUUUGAGUCGGUACAGCGCUCCAGUCAUCACCACACACCCUGACGGGAGCUGGUCUUACUCCAAAUCCACCCAGCAGUACGACGUGUGUUUUAGCUCAGACACGCUGAAGAGUGAUGUGGUGGUUUUCCCGACGCCUUUCCCACCUGCGGAGGCGGAACUGAUCAGUAUUCAGGAAGCGCAGACAUUAACACGUAACCAAACCCUUCCCAAGAGCGAGAAGCCAAAGACCCCUAAUGCAGACUGGCGAUACUCUGCCUCCCUAAGGGCUGGAAUGCAAAGUUCUGUACAUAUGGAAGAAUCUUCUGUGAUUCAGGGAGCCCAGGGGGUGCUAGUCCAAAAUUGGCCUACUGUGUCCAGUGCUGCUGGAGAUGCUGAGGGGGGUGAAGUGUCUCCCCCAGUGGGGGCUGGAAUCAACAGUAACAGCUGGCACUUCCGUUAUGGCCCGGGACCUGGCUACGGCCCCCCGCAGCAUCUGAAGCCUGGAGAGGUCCCUGAAGCCUUCCUCAUCCCCGGCUCACCUGCCAUCAUAUCCAUCCGCCAAGAUCAGGGUGGACCUGAUGACAAGGGUGACUUCAUCACCUUUGGCAAGAAGGAUGAGACAAAGAAGAAAAAGAAGAAGAAGAAGGGAAAGGACAAGAAGGAGAAAGGCAAAGAUGAAGGGGAUGAAUAGAUUUCUUUAAAGCAGAGUGAUCACAUGCAGCACAGCAACAGUAAAACUGAAACAAAUAGAAAGGAGAGCCUCCCUGAUACUCAUCCCUAAAUAAAUUGCACCCCUCAAACCCAGGGUUAACCCCUAUCUUUCAACAGAGCUGAUUUCCACUGACACAAAGGUUAAAAAUCUGUCCUUUAAUGAGAUCAUGUAAUCAUAUUGACAAGGAUAUGUAAUUUGUUGUGUUUUAGCCCUGGGGAGGAAAGAUAAGGGUGUGGGUGCUGCUUGGCUCACUGUCAGCAUCUUCUGGUCGGGAUGGUGGAGGGGUAGUUCCGAAAACAACAACAGAUUUUCAAACCCAUUUGUGCAUGUUCGGCUACCCUGCGGUGGACUGGUUAUUCUUAUUCAGGGUGUAUCCUUCCUAGGCUAGUGCCCAAUUAUUCCAGGAUAGGCUUUCGACUGCCAGAAGCCUGACUAGGAUAAGCGUUUCAUGAAAAUAAAUGACUGAGUGUUCAAGCCCAGUGUUUAAGCAGCCUGGCCAGCACAGUGCCUUAAGGCUACUGAUCCACCAUCACACCCUCCCCGUAUGACCAAGCAGUAGAUGCCUCUGAAGCCCCACCUCUAUGGUGUCAAUCUACAUGAAGUCCCUCGUUCCGGAGUAAUCCUGAAAAUCUCUGCCCUCGAACUACAGCUGUCUCUUAAGCCAUGCCCCCAUCUUCUUCUAAAGUUGGAUGAGGAAGUAAAUUGUCUCGUCACAUCAGUCUUUCUCAGAAAUCCACAUACCUUCACCUUCUUGGGAAGCUCUCCUUCAGGCCUUUCCUAUCUUGGCCUAUCUGUAUUAUAUGUACCACACUCAGUUCCUUUUAUAGUUAACAGUGAUCGAAACAGAUCAGAGAAAAGUGUUAUGCUACUGCUUUUGAAUAAAAUAUGAAAAAUUUUUUAAAGAGAAACAAGUCAAAAGGAAUGCAAAUCUCCUGCAAUUCAUGACACACAGCAGGGCUUCACAAAGCAUUGCGCUGCUCCAUAUGUGAAGCUUCCUCUGACACAUUGGUCAGUGGUCAGAUUAAGUCUGACAUGGUCCAGUCAAUUACAGACAGAGGGCCAGAUGGCACACAGAACACCAGGAGUCAUAUGGAAAAUAUGCAGACCUGUAAUCCUCUACCUUGAUCAGGCCCUUACUGCUCAGUGAAAUACAUAUAUUUAUGGUUAUUUCUAGACGUAUCAAACACCACACACAUACAAACACAUACACACACGCUCAUACAUACAUGUGGCUGGUGUUUUCUCCCACACCCCUAGAGAGGUGCUGAAGUCCUCAGGGCUGGAAGCAGGGCUUUUGGAUUGACCUUGUAAAAUAACAGGAAUGUUGCAAGCUCCUCACUUCCAGACUGUUCCCUUCAUUCUUCUUUUUUGAAUGUUUAACAAUCGUCCUUAGAAAAAAUGUCUUCUCAGCUUUGACUCUUAUCCCAAGCCCUCUCUCUGGGUGUUUUCCACUUUAAAGUACAAAGGGGCCUUUCAUGGUUGCUUUUCCAUAGCCCAUGAUCCUAUGCAUAGAUUACUUCCUUCUAAUACAAACACACAGAUGUUGUAGACUGGAAUGUGUUUUAGGACUGUUUGUGUAUUGUGGUAGAUUUCUUGCAGAGAUACUACUAUACUUUAAUGAUGAAGAGGCUGGCAGGUAUGGCAUCACAGUGUGAGCGUAUCAACUUCUCCAGUUUAUUUGUGAAGAACAGCAAUGCGGGUGAAAUUUGAGAUGUUUGAGGAAUUUCAUUUUUCAUCACAAAACUGCCUUUCGCCUCCCUUUCAGCUUUCCAUACUCUUGUUUCCUUUUCCCUUCAUUCCCCAUGCUAACCAAUCAAAAGCUAUUCCAAUGUACAUCUGCUGACAUUGGCCAGUUAGAAGUGGAAGAGUGAUAUUUUCACAGCAAUUGGACUGCAUUGCUUCCUGUUACCUCCCUCCCUGUCUGUCUGCAGGCAUUCUAGAGACUUGGUUCUGUGCUGUCAGAUCACUAAGUGGCUGUUUGCAUGUUAUAAUCAACUGAAA